AUGCAACCGAACACGGGAAGAUCAACGAGGCGUUCUCAGACUAGUACAAAUGGGGGGAAAUCAGUGGUGAAAGCACUGCCUGAUCCCAAACCGGUCACUAGAAAGUUGUCUGCCAGUCCUGUUGGGUGGAAGUUACGGAGCAAAGCAGAUGAGCCAUGUAAUGAGAUGAAAAGACAACUUGAGCAACAGAUGGAACAAAUCAAAGCAGCAGUUGGACAUCACAGCGAUAUUGAAAUUGUACCAGAGUCACAACACUUCACCACUGACUUCACGGAUGCUAAACAAACUGCACUGGAGCAGAAGAAAGUCAUGCUAAAUGACCUGAAAGCCUUGCUCCAUCAAAAUGGAAACUUCACUGAUUAUCCCAAGACAGCUCCAAAGGUUGCAGAGAGCCCUGCCUUGAGUACUGUCACAGAAGAAAGCUGCAGCAAGUUCAGCAAAACGGUCACAACUCCUACCAAUUCACAGAAGACACAUCUUACUUCUAUACCAGAGAAUAAUGAUGAUAACACUGAUGAGGAUGUUCCUCAAGACAAGUCACCGAAUUUAGAAAGUCCAAUAAUCAGCCCUCCUGACAAAAAGAACAGACAGCGGACAUGUUCCAAGAACAUCAAGGCAACAGAUGUGAUUGAUACAGCAGACAUCGAUGGAGAUGAAGAAGAGGAGGAAAGGAAGGAAGCGAUAAAACCAAAAAAGCAGCGAGCAAGCAGAUCAAAGAAGCGUUCUGCAAAGUCUUCACCAAAAGAAAGCCGGGAGUCGGACAGCGACUGCGAAAUUAUUGAUAUAAAACCGACACGAUCACCACCAAAGAAAGCCGAGACAGGAGGCUGCAAAGAUGAUGUAGGUAACAGAUCAACAAGACGUUCUACAAGGUCCUCCCCAAGGGAUUAUAAAGAGAUUGACAGCGACUGUGAUAUGGAGGAUCCAACAUCAACGCAAUCACGGAAACAGAAAAAUGUGAAGGGUGACAAAGGAAAGGAGGGGAAAAGUGCUGGGUCGAAAAGAGAUUCGCCAAAAUCUGCUCGAGACAAGAGUGAAGAUGAAGAUGUUGUGGAAGUUGUGAUGGAUUCACACGUCAGUUCCAGCCAAGGGUUCAAUCUGACGACAACUUUCAAAAAGCCUUUGGAGAAGAGAAAUAGUGACAGGAAGUGCAACGCAAAUGUUUCAAAGAUGAAGAAAAUGUACAGCGAGUUUGGUUUUAGUAGUCAGAGUGAUGAGGACAAUUCUAGUCAGAAAGAUGAGCGUUUAAAUGAUUCUCAAGAUGAGUUUAUUGCCAGGAUAGAGAGGAUUUCAGGGAAGAAAAAUGCUCCUGAAAAAGUGCCAAAGUUUUUUAAGGCUCGUGCCAGGGAGCGAAUGAAUUCUAGUCAGGGUGAUGGAAGCAAGUUUGUGUUCGAAUCAAAUGGAAAGGAGACGAAGACCAAAGCUAAGCCUGAGAAGAAAGGGAAAGGGAAGAAGCCACAGAAGCCGGGAAUGAACUUUAUCAACUAUCUGGAGUUCAAGAAGCCGAGAGAUAGGAACAGUAGCCAGAGUCCUCUCAGUGAGAAGGAAGAGACACUGACGUAUGAGUUCCCAGCAACAACUGGAACAAAGGUGGAUAAAAGACAGAAAGGACCACACAAGCAGAAGGCAGAGAAGGAUGUGGUCGUGAUCGAAUAUCCAUCAGACAAAGUCAAGAAGGAUCAGAGAAAAGGCAAUAGUUUAACGAGUGAAGAGGAACAAGUUGAAUCAGUGCCUUCUGCUGACAAGGUGCCAGAGGUUGAAAAACGUAGAAAAUCAUUGAAAAAGAAAAGUAUUGCUGAUGAGGAGGAUGAGGAACUUGGGCCUUUUGAUAAUGAUUCUUCCAGACACGGAAAGAAAAAGGAAACUGAAGCUGUCAAAAAGGCUAGACAAGACAAAAAAUCUGUGCAGAAGAAAUCAAAGAGGGCAGAUGAUGAUGAUGAAGAUUGGGAAUUCCCAUCUGUUUCAUUCCCGACUGCUGAGAAAAAUACAAGUAGAUCUAGGAGCAAGAAAGACAAGGAAUGUGAGGAUUGGGAAUUUCCUGCCCCUUUGUCCCUGUCGGUUGAGAAUGAUACAAGUCGCAACCGGUCAAGGAGCAAGAAAAGAGAAACAGAGAUGUUGUCUCCUGAUGUUGACAGCAGUAAUGCUUUUCAGAAUACUAUUGCUAAGAUCAAGAAGAAGAUCAAGGAUACUGGACCAAAGAAGAAGGAGAAGGAAGAGGCUGAGCUGAGCCAGAGCCAGAGAUCGAGGCCCGAUUAUGACCUAGCUAGUGUCAGAGAUGAUUCUUCAGACGAUGAGGAGUUGGGAGGUGCAUUGCUGCAUUAUGAUAGUAAGGCUGAGAGUCUCCUUACACUUACCAGCUGUGGGCCUGCUAGCUACCCCUCCAGUUCCAGAGAGAAGACAGCAGCAGCUGAGAGGAGACGGAGCAGGAAGAAAAUCAACUAUAAGGAAGCUUCUGAAAGUGAGUCUGAUAUUGGCAGUAUGACAUCAUUUGGACCAAAAUCAUCAUCAAGAGCUAGUGGAAAGAAAUUUAAUUUGUUCAGACGAGAUAAUCAGGCUCUUUAUACUCCCGAUGAUCAGGUGAUAACCAAUAACCCCAAGAAGAUGAAAAGAAAUGUUUUUUCAGACAAAACUGAUACCCAGAGUGAAGUCAGCUGGCUCAGCAGCACCAACAGGAAACAGGAGAAGAAAAAACCGACCAAAACAUACGGUCAGGGAAAGAAACCGGCCAAAAGGGGCAAGCUGCAGCCAGGACAUAGUCUAUUCUUUGAUGAAGAAUCAGAAAAAGAAAAUGAACCAAAGGGAAAAGGCAAAAGAGGUCAGAAGAAAUCUGCAGGUGGGAAACAACUGGAGAAAAGGCAAAGGAAUGGGCAUGAGAAAAGAUCCAAGUCUCCCGUACCGGCCAAGCCCAGGUUGUACGAGCCUAAUUUUCCUACAGAGGUAGUUUACACUCCAUUAGAGCCGUUACUAAUCGAGAAUGAUACACCGGCAUCACCUAAACAUGCUGACAUCUACAAUGUACGAACACCCAGAUAUGGUAAGGGUAAACAGUUCAAGCCUCUGGAGAUGAUGGUCACCCCUGUUACACCGAGGUCAGCUGCUAGGAUGGAAGGUGGGUAG